GGGCAACGUUUCAAUAAUUGAGGAUGGCACAUAACUCAAGUGGACUGGACCUUUAUAAGUUAUUAUUCAUAUGGGUUCCAGGUCCAACAACUUCUCUCUGAGUCAAGGUCCAACAAACGCUUCUCUCUUUUGGCUUGGCAAAUGGCUUCAGAUUUCAGUUCCUACACGCAUAUGAUAACAGUAGAUGAUUUCGAUGCAAUUGUAUCUUCGGAUGGAUAUUACACCAUCUGUGGAUUUGGCUCUCUGCUAUCUGAGAGAAGUGCAAGGGGUACGUUUCCUCAACUCAUAAACUUCAGAGUGGCAAUCUUACCUAACUUUCGCCGCAUCUUUGCCCAUGCUCCCUCCACCUUCUUCUACCGUGGCAUUGCAAGACUGGAAACUAAGGAACUUUCAAGUUUGAGUGUGGAACCAUGUCAUGGGGAACAUAUUAUAAUUACAGCUUUUGAAGUAAAAAAGCCAGAGGUCAUCGCUUUCAUCGAGAGAGAGGUUGAAUUUCGCUUCAUCUCUGUGGUGCCCCAAGGCUUAGAUGGUAAACAUUUUCCUAAUCCAGCCGUAGUAUGUGCUCGAUACAGUGAUGAGGAGUUUAUUCACGAUAAAUGCAGAGGCAAUGAGAAACUCUUUCAAUAUUUUUUUGGACCUCCUUAUAAUAUAGCUCGAAUUUGGCGGGAUGACAUCUUUCCAUGCCGUGUUUACCUUCGACACUGUUUGGUGGCGGCAAAGAAGAUGGGUGAUGAAGUAUAUGAUAACUUCCUCAAUCACACCUUCCUCGGGGAUCGAAAAACGACUAUCCGAGAGUACAUGGCUUCCAACGGCGUUGGCAUCAUGGAAGAGGAGCUUCCAGAAACAGUCAAGGGUCGGUAUGAUGGUUGAUUUGAGAGGUUGCAAACUUACAUGGGCAGAUCAUAUUCCUUAGGAGUAGAGCUUAAGCUUUGUUUUUAUUUUUCCUAUGGUGCGUAUAUAUGGGGUGCAAUAUAAGGAGCACCCUUUCUAUUGCUGCUCUUUCCCCAAAGGUAAUAAAAUCCCCACUAGAGCAUAAAUUGGAUCUUUUCUUUUCCAAGUUUUUGAGAGGAAUCACAAUCACAAAGCCAUAGUAAAACAUCUCCCUUGAAUAAGAUGCUGUCAUGAAGUAUGUUCCUUGAA